UGGUCUUUUCUGCGAUAUACGAAGACUAAACUGAUAAUUCACUUUUAUCUUCUUACAUUCUUUUAUCCUACUACCUUAUCCGACACGCUUUUAAUCGAAGAAUUGCAGGAUAUCUAAUUCAGACCCACGUGCUUAGACGUUACACGAUACUGUAGAUGAAAGAGAGUAGGGCUCUAAUCAGUUUGUCGAUAGGUAAAUUGACUUAGAGGCAGUCGAGCGACGGGGUAGUUUACGGACAACGAGAAGGAAAGUGCAGCGCUAUGGCAAAUUUUCGUGUGACAAAUCUAUAGUACCGAACACGCAAUAAAACCCGCGUCGUGCCGUGUUUCCUCGACGUUUUCGAAGAGAAAUUGUGAUAACACUGGAAACUUCGUAAUAGCCUGUGGUCCGAGACUCCGAAUGUGAUAAUGACGUUGUCUUCAAUUCAGUAUCAAACUGUGAAGUUCAGGGCCGUAGCGGUGUCGAAUUUUCUACUCUUUUUUUUCAUUAAUUAUUAAAAUAUUGAAACAUUAACCAUUACGAAGAAUGAACUUAUAAACAUAACAAUUUCACGCCAGAUCUGCACAAACAUUUCCUUUUCAGUACAGGUUACUAGGAGGGGAUUUAUAAUUCGCUCAUAAAUACACAUUGUUACACGGUUUUAUUACUGCCUCGUACUACUCACGUACGUGCACAUGGAAGGGAUUUUGCGCGCUAUUUUAAUGUUUGGGGUUACGAGAUUCCAAUGUAAAAGAGACGAAAGAAGCCUUGCAUGUUGAAAGAUAUCGCAAAUUGAAACGCCAUCGAGUUAUCGACGAUCUUUUUAACGUACCUUAAAUUGAAGUUGACAAGAAGAAACGUCAGUCGUAGAAUUCAGGUAGAUCGCAAUCGAUGAUUGAUGUCGACAACGUGACUCAUCAACAUUCUCAGCAUCGAUCUAUGUCAAUGGCUUCGUUUAUGAGACACUGUGUUCAAAUGUAAUUCAGAUGUUCAUUGAUCCACGAAGGACCGGAAGUGAUCAUUCGGCGAGAAAGAUUUUCGGGCGAAUAGUUACCAGCUUCCGUUCGAUCUUCGUCGAGAGCAUUCGCCGGAUUUCCGAACGAUAGAAUGUGCAGUUGAUCGGAAUGACGUGGCACUUUCUGCUGAUCAUGUGCUGCUACUUGUACGCCCUAUUUGACAUGACCGCCCCGCAUUUUCCAGAAUUGGACUUCGAUGAAUACGGGAAAAAAGAGACCUCCUUGUCGUUGAAAGACAUCCUGCCUUUAAAUCCGAAGCAGUACGACAAGCACAAAGCACCAAAAUUCCUCGGACAACCCACCAUCGUUUAUUUUCACGUGACUGUGCUCAGCCUGGACUCGAUAAAUGAGGAAUCGAUGACGUACGUGGCUGAUAUAUUUCUCGCUCAGAGUUGGCGGGACUCUAGGCUACGAUUACCGGAAAACAUGUCCGAAGAUUACCGGAUACUUGACGUGGAGUGGUUACACAAUAUCUGGAGACCCGACUGCUUCUUCAAGAAUGCGAAAAAGGUUACUUUCCACAAGAUGUCAAUACCAAACCAUUACCUUUGGUUGUAUCACGAUGAAACGCUGCUUUACAUGUCCAAAUUGACAUUGGUGCUUUCAUGCGCGAUGAAGUUCGAGUCCUAUCCUCAUGACACUCAAAUUUGCUCGAUGAUGAUUGAAAGCCUUUCGCACACUACUCAAGAUCUGGUAUUCUUAUGGAACACGACCGAUCCCCUUGUGGUUAAUCCGGAAAUCGAGCUGCCGCAACUCGACAUAUCGAACAACUACACGACAGACUGCACGAUCGAAUACUCGACCGGAAACUUCACAUGCAUACAGAUUGUCUUCAAUCUGCGCCGGAGACUGGGUUAUCACCUGUUCCACACAUACAUCCCCUCCGCCUUGAUCGUCGUCAUGUCCUGGAUCGCCUUUUGGAUCAAGCCGGAAGCCAUCCCAGCACGGGUCACUCUUGGCGUGACGUCACUACUGACCCUCGCUACUCAAAACACACAAUCUCAACAAUCUCUACCGCCGGUCUCGUAUGUAAAGGCGAUCGACGUGUGGAUGUCUUCGUGCAGCGUAUUCGUCUUCCUAUCCCUCAUGGAAUUCGCAAUAGUAAACAAUUAUAUGGGGUCCGUCGCCACGAAAGCCAUGAAAGGAUACUCGGACGAAGAUCUUCGCGAGGCUAUCGACGACUUCAAGACGCCAAUGAGGCCAGAUGCCGAAAGAAGUAGGAGUCCAACGAGGCAACCGACGGUUCAGUGUAAUCAGUGCUGCCAUGGACGAGACACCGCCAUAUACAUCGACAAGGUUUCCAGAUUUUUUUUCCCCUUCUCGUUCUUCAUCCUUAAUGUCGUCUAUUGGAGCACAUUCCUGUAA